UGUGUGUGUGUGUGUGUGAGUGAGUUAAUCCUGGGAAAUUCCAUGGUAACAGAGUGAUGCUGAGACUCAGAUUGUCCACUUAAAAAUGUCUAACAAAAAACAAUGAUUGCAAAGUUAAAUAAAUCAUACAACUCUAUACACAAUGGGUACUUUUAUACAUUUCCACAGUUUUUUGUUUGACAUACAUUUUAAAGUGAAAAUUCGGAGUCUCACCAUCACUCUGUUACAAUGGAAUGGCCCUCCUACUCUGCAGUCUGUGCAUUAUAAUGAAAUCUCUGGCCCCGCCGGUGAUUGGCUACAUCGGUCACAGGGCUGGAUCACGUGGGUGAGUUCUUUGGUCCUGGGGAAAAUGGGGUUUGGUGUAAAUCCAGGGUGUAUUGCUGUCAUAUAUCACACUACCUCGUAAAAACGACACUGAAGAUUCUGGCCCAACAAAUCACAGACAAAAAAUAUGAGUUCUUAUUAUGUGGAUGGUCUUUUUAACAAAUAUACGGCGAGCGGUUCUUUCUUCCCAAACGCAGACCUAGGUUCGUGCACUCUUGUACCCGAUGGAGAAGGACCCGCAUCUGCUCACAACGCCGCAGCCCCUGCCUUCCCACCGUCCCUGUCCGGACUUUACAACGUGAACAAUGCAAUCUACCAGAGCCACCCGAUGUUUAGCCCUGGUUAUGGCCAGGGGCCGGACAUUCGCAGUCUGCACUGCAGCUCCUUCGACCAGAGUCGUCUGUUCGGGGACAGCUGUGUCCAGCCGGGGCCCCUCACCUCGCCAGAGGACAAACACUACCGGAUGUACCCCUGGAUGAAAACAUCAGAUCCAAACCGAAAGCGUGGACGUCAGACCUACUCCCGGUACCAGACACUGGAGAUGGAGAAAGAAUUCCACUUCAACCGGUACCUGACCCGUCGUAGGCGCGUGGAGAUAGCACAAGUGCUCUGCCUGACCGAGCGCCAAAUCAAAAUAUGGUUCCAGAACCGGAGGAUGAAAUGGAAGAAAGAUCACAAGGACGAGUCCUCGAGCUCGACCCCCGGUGCCACCAGCGAGGACGUAAACGAGGAUGAUGACAGUGAUCCGGUAACCGACGGACAGUCCAAGGCCGAGGACGCCGAGGACGGAGAUUCUCAGUCCACCCGUGUUGCGUCAGAAACCCCUGCAAGAGGAGAUGGAGACAAGGAGGCGAUUAGAAACACUCCAUAAAUGUUCAUAUUGGUCACUAAGGAAAUGUUCUAGAUGCAGACUGUCACAGAAUCGAUACACUCUGUUCGAUCAGAGCUUAGAAGCCUGAUUGAGGAAACGACUUGCAGAGCUGAAAUUGAGACGCACUAAUUUAAUAUAUACAAGCUAGUGAAAACACUGGCUAUAGCUAUAAAAAUGAAUAUAGCUAAAGGGAGAUGAAAGGGAACGGAUACUACCUAUUUACUCUACGCUAUUACUAUGAAAACUCAAUUUGAUCUUUGAAUGUAGAACAAGUCUACUGUAAAUGUUAUACAAUAUUUAAUGUUAAUCGUUGGGAACUAUUAGAUAUUUUACUACUGAAAUAACAUUCCUGAACAGAGAACUACCUAAGGCGACAGUUGCAUUCAUGCAAAGAAUUUACCUCCAGUUUCAAUUGACUUCGAGGAACCUUUUUCGCACUCUUUUUGUCUCUAUUUCAAAGCGAAAUAAAUGCAAAUGUUGAAUCAUCUGGUGAAUAUGGCUUUAACGUUUAACUGUAGCUUAUGAACGUUGUAUUGCGCUGCUGUCUGUUAUCAUGUCUAAUGUUGUGAGAGCUUGUCUUUUGGGGUCGAGAUUUGUAGAGAUUUGAAUAGAUAUUUGCAUGAUUUCCAAACAGCAAUCAAAAAAAUGAAUUGUCCAAUUUGUAUACCCUACCUCAGAUUUUAUUUCAGAGACUAAACCUAUAGCCUACUACUGUCUCACUGAAUUUCAACACUGCCUAAGAAGGACUUAUAAACACUGUAUUGUAACGUCGUGUUGCUAUUGUAUUUUCUCCUUUUUUUGCUUUCAAUUAUUCUAACUAGCUAUAGCCUAGGGUCAAUAUCACUGUUAUGGACGUGAGUGUGUCUGCUUGCACGUGUAAGUAUGUAAGUUAGGGAAUUUGUGUGUUUGUUUUAUUUGAAUCUAGGCUAUAGAAGAGAAGCGGUCCAAUGCUCAGAAAUGAGCAUUUGUUUUGCAAUGUGACUGCAUUCGACACUCACCGCUUUCCCUCUGCGGUAUUCAUAUUGUGACAUUGUGUAAGAUGCAAUAGUAAUCGAAUAAAAACAAGACCAUUCGGUUUGAAAAAUAGCUUCGUAACGAAUUUCCUGUAAGCCAACCAUACAUUGAUGAAAUCUUUAGCCAAAACGUUAUGAAAUUCAACUUACAUGCCAAAAUCGAUGGUACUACCCACCCUACAUUAGGCAUGAGUGACCUUUUCACGUUCAUUUAGUUAUUCUAACAUUUUAACAUUUAAACCAUUUGUUUUUAUAUGACAAGAAAUACUGAGCCUACAAAUACGCUAUUACAUAAGAACACAGUGGCCUAUUUUAACAUAGUCUAUUUAGCACGAAAAGUGGGAAAAAAAUAGAUUAAACCAAUGCAACAUUUGCUUAAUAAAGAGACUAAAGUAUGUUAACUAUGAGGACACAGACUGUACAGGCUGUGUGUGUGUGUGUGUGUGUGUAGCCUAUUGUGAAGGGGAAAUGACUGCAUUCCCCCUCCUUUCGGUAAAAUGGCGCCCAAGUUCUGACCUGCCCCGUCCUCUCCCUCUCUGUUUCUUCCCCUCUCUCCUCCUGUCGCUCUCUCACUGGGUCAUAAAUCCGUUGUUGUUUAUGAAAAUUUACAACAUUGCAAUGCAACUUUACGAGGCUCCUCGGCUCCCCAUUGGUCGCCGCUGGUCAUAUGGCAUGGAGCCGUGAACAUGAACUUUUUAUACAUAAUUUCCUUUUCCAGAAUAGAACCGCACUCAUUUAAAAGCCUGUGUCUGCCAUCCAACCCUUUCUGUAACGUAAAAGCUUUCGCUCUUCCAUUUCUUUUCGUCGUGGGUAACGCUGUUUUGCUUUUUAGUUGUUGUUUAACACGCAGUGCAAGGAGCAGUUCCCUUCUCAUGGAACCGGACGGUUUGGAUUCAUUACCGGGGUCCUCGUGACGGUUUGGCACAUUGGACGGGUUGAGUGCGUCGUUGCCUGAUCCCGGGAGCGUUUGGAUUUGUCCAGGAUCCAGCUGUCAGAACAGGGGAUCUGGUCGCUUUGCGCCAGCAGCACUUGUCCGUCCUCUCCCUGUGACAUCACCACACACCAUGAGACCCGAACGUCUCACAAUACGACAGUCUGACCGGACCAGAGGGGAAGAGGGCGAGGACAGCCUACACGCGUUACCAGACACUGGAGCUCGAGAAAGAGUUUCACUUCAACCGUUAUCUGACCCGCAGACGGAGGAUCGAGAUAGCGCACGCGCUCUGCCUAUCAGAACGCCAGAUCAAAAUCUGGUUCCAGAACCGGAGGAUGAAGUGGAAAAAGGACAACAAACUAAAAAGCAUGAGCAUGGCAGCGGCAGGGGGUAUAGGUUACCACCAUCCCUGAUACUCGGUUCCCCGAUGAGCACUAAUAAAAUAAUACAAAGCUUAGGAAAACUUCCCAUCAUGUCAAAAGCCCAAGAGACUUUCCGAGGGCUUCUUAGGACAGUGAACAUCCACGUGUCCAUGCAAGCUCCAGCCUUUAAAAAUAAUUUCCUCCUUAUUUAUUUUAUUUUGACCAUGAUAAUGCUUGUGUGAGUAAAAACUUGCGUUCUGUAAAUGUUUGUCUUAAAGGAACAACCAAUGGGAAAUACAUGUUUGUUUAACUUAUUUCUUGUUCAAAAUUGAAAAAACUUUAAAGUUACCACAAAUAAGUCUAUUAACUAUCCAA